AUGACCAACUUCAACAUCGAAAUAGUCAGUGACCCAGUGUGCCCCUGGUGCUAUAUCGGCAAAAAGAAGCUGGACAAAGCCAUCGAGAUCUACCAGCCUUCACACCCAGAUGACACUUUUACUAAGACAUGGAAGCCCUUUUACGUCAAACCUCAUUCCCCCGAGAAAGAUGAGAAGCAGUACGGAACCAUGAUGGCGGACAUGAUGACCGAAAGAGUGAGGUCAAUUGGCGCCGAAGUGGGUAUCAACUUCAAAUUCCAGGGUAAGACGGGCAGAACACGUGAUGCCCAUCGGCUUAUCCAGCUUGGGAAAACAAAAUCUCCGGAGAUGCAGACCCGAGUUGUGGAAGAACUUUUCGCGGCCUAUUGGGAAGGAGAGGCAGAUAUUACUAGUCAUGAGGAUCUCACAAAGGCUGGUGUAAAGGCAGGGCUUGACGAGGUGGAAGUGAAGGAGUGGCUGGCAGAUGAUAAGGGAGGUCAAGAAGUUGAUGCUGAGGCUCGGUCGGCACAUGUUUAUGGGGUACCCAACUACAUAGUGGGAAAGUACACAGUUGGGGGUGCUCAAGAUCCGGGAGCCUUUUUGAAGAUAUUCAACAAGAUUAAGGUAAUCGAGAAUGGGGAGCCUGAAGGAUGGGGUUCAUGUGUGGGCCAGUAA